AUGUCCGGUGCCUCACUCUUGGAUUCGAAAGCUGCCUUCAAAAACAAGGUGUUGGAGUAUGGCUUGACCAAUACUGUCUUCGAGGCCAUUGUAAGACGUGGAGUCGACACUCUUAGCAAGGCUGCAUAUGCUGUGGGGGCCCCGGGUGUUGUACCCGCCGAAGAUGCCCUGCGAGCUUUUCUGAAUCCAGAGUCGCCUGCCACUGUUGAGCAGGGUCAGGUUGCAAUUGCUAGGCGCCUUAUCUUCGAAGCACAGACACUUGCAGUAAGCCAGCUGCGUCAGCAAAUCGAGGGGCCGGACGAGAAGCGACAAGACCUUCAGCCCGCCGAAAGGCGGUUCCGACUGGAGGAGCAAGCACGCCGCCUGGCCGGAAUGUCGCUCCGCGGUCCGUUGGAAUGCUCUUUCAGCUGCUACACACUUGUCAUUCGCAUGCUGGCCACUGAUGAAAUUACUUAUCUCGCCCCUAAUCGGUUCACCACUCGGGCUCAUGAGGUUCAGCAAUCUAAGCCCCCCAAAGAAGUCAUCAUUGAUGCAUCGUCUGCCAUCAAGGUGCGUGAUUCUGCUGAGCUUGCUGACACGUGUCACCUCCCUGAUGCACUCAGCUUGAGUCAGGCUUUGACUCGAAGGUCUCUCGCGCUUGACUUGUGUGAAGCCGCAACGUUUGCAGCCUCCGAGCGGUGGCACGCCGAGCUUCUGCGACACUUGCAGCAGGCCCCUCCCAUGGAGUACAAGCAGGUGGAUACCAUGCAAAUUCUAAGGGCUGACAGAGCAGCAUGGACGUACAUGGCCGAAAAGGGCACUUCCUUGAAAAAGCGUGCAGAUGGGAGUUUGCCCAUGGAUGAUCUCUUUGCAGCCCUCACCACGGCUACCGAUGUCAUGAUGUUCCUCAUGCCGCUGCCCGCGGGUGGCCAGAGCAAGCGCCCUUCCGCUUCGCAGGUCAUGGCGACGCCCAAUGGUGGCACCGACACACCCAACCCGACCAAAAAGAGCCGCACCAAGGCGCGCCGUGAACGCCAGAAGCAGCGUCUGCAGGAAGCCCUGGCACUGGCGUCUGCACCCCCCUCUCAUGCCUUCCCGCCCAAGCCUCCUACUCCGCAUGCGCACAAUGCUCUGCCGCCUACGCCGCCCCCGCCCACUCCGAAGGGCAAGGGCAAGGGCAAGCACAAGCCCUGCAAGAGCGUGUUCGCGGCAGGUGCUGUCCAUGCGUGUGGCGUGGGCAGUGUCUUCGGCAUCGAUGCAUGGACACCCAAGUCAGCUCCAGCGCCCGUGGUCAAAUUGGACCUCGCGCUUGAUGAGGAUGUCAGAGUGCUCUUUUUGCUGCUUUCCAAUCGGGCAUUGGCUGCGGUGCAUUUGGCGCCACCUGCAGCCCUCCCUGGUCGUGGCGGUCCGCCACUUCGCUCACACGCGUUUCCGGACGGCCUGCCCGACCUUUCUCCACCCAAUCAAGCCAAAGUUGAGCUGUACAAUCGUCUCUUUGCACUGGCAUCGACCCUUUUCCUUCAGGCUUUCCAGACAGGCAUUGUUGCCACUCUGGAAAACCCAGCCUCCAGCCACUUCUGGCAAAGCAGUGCUUGGCUGGAUGCAUCUUCGUCGAUUAUCCCACUGCAGUUUUCGUCUGUUCACACUUGCAUGUUCGGGGCUACUUUCAAACGUCAGCUUUGCAUUGCACACUUCCAUGAUGCCUUUCAGGCCUUGCAACUCCCAUGUGAUCAUACUUCGUUGCACCCGGCGCAUUCUGCGCCGCGGGAGUCGGUCACAACUUACCCUGCUCCCUUCUGUAGAGCGUAUGCGCAGGCUUUGCAGCAUGCUCUUGGUGCGGCUGGCUCUCUGCCACCUGCGCAAGCCUUGCCGGGUCUUUCUGAUUUCCAUCUACAAGCUAGGGUGGCUUCUGGCACGCAACCGCGCGGCAAACGGGUACCGCCUCUUCUGCCAGAACACAAAGCCAUUUGCGUCUUGCAGGGUCCAGCGCAGUUGCUCCCUUCCGGGCCCGUGUUACAGCAGCCUUGGUUGCCUUGCGCAGGCGUUCAGUGCCAGCCGCAUUAUCCUCUCUUGCCUGCCAAAUCACGUGUUCUCUGCGCCCUUCCUUGCGCGGGGAUUGAGAAGGGCGGUUCUUCUCUUGAUUCCAGUGGCACCCCGUCCUCUCUGGCCGUGGAUGCUUUGUGCAAGGCCGUGGAUGCUUUGUGCAAGGGUGACUUGUCUUCUGAAAUGUGUGUUCAGGUACUUCAGCAAGCAUUCAACACCCCCUUGGAAGCCAGGCGUGCGGGCAUUCUUCAGGACGGCCGACCUGUGGAAUACUUUGUUUUGGGCGCCUACAAGUGCCUGCCGAGGAAGGGUGUUACCAAACUCACAGGUGAGCACCUUAGCACAGCUGCCUUCAUAAAUGCCUUCAUGCUGCAGCGUUUCCCGGAUGCAUCGUGGUCUGCCUUCGUCGUCACUCACAACGAGCCGUCGGCACUGCACGUGGACUCGGCAAAUGUGCCAGGAACCAUGAACUUUGCGAUCGGCUUAGGAGGUUACUCCGGAGGCGAACUCUUUGUGGAAUCAGAAGGCGGGGCCCAUGCCUUUGAGGACCCGUGCACGGGCGAAUGGCUGUGGGGAGACUGUCUAGCUCUCAACUUAGGACCGUGCCGGUUCGAUGGUCGUGCAAGGCAUGCCACCCUGCCGUGGGUCGGCGACAGGUGGUCGAUCAUUGCUUAUUCGGCGGUUGUGCAAAAUGAUCUCUCCCCAACGCAGGAGCAAACGUUGUGGUCCUGCGGGUUUCCAUUGCCUUGGACCUCUGCCUUUUCGAAAGUGCCGUCUGCUCCUAGCAAUGCCCCUCAAGUUCGCAUGACCAUUGGCAUACCCUGGGACCCAUGUGACUUCGCCAAGGAGGCAGCGAAGAGGGGGCAUCCACGCCACCUAUUUGAUGGAAUUCCGCCUGUGCUCAAAACUGCGAUCGAUGCAACUGUCGAGCAGUCAGAAGUGGGCCUAGCACAACACCGCACCGAGGUCCUUAGGCGAUGGAUGCUUCGAGCGCAGGAGAUCGCUCCGCAGGAAAAGGCUCUCCAUGAUAGAAUGCCGAAACACCUUAAGGCCGUCCUCAAGGGUAAGCGGCUUUUGGUCUUCGGCGAGAUGCUCGUCGCAUGUGGCUAUGGCGACUCUUCAAUUGCGUCCGAAAUUGGGAAGGGCUUCGACUUGACAGGUCCGAUUCCUGCGUCGGAUGGGCUCUUCAAACCCGUUGUGGAGCCGGCGUCAAUGACCAAGGAGUGUUUGCGCGCCGCUGCCAGCGCUGUCCGUGCAGGCAUUCUUCGCGCCACCGAGCGUGUGUGCUCGUCCGAGCUCGCGCAGGAGGUUCACGACAUUACCAAGGAAGAGGUAGACCGCGGGUGGCUAGAAGGGCCCGUGCCACUUGAGCAACUGAGCGAGACUUGUUCCUUGAGCAGACGGUUCGGAGUUGAGCAGCGGUCCGGUGGGAAGCGCAAAGUCAGGCCCAUCGACAACCUGUCGGAAUCCUUUAUCAACUCGACCGUUUCCCGCACCGAGUCGAUUCGACCUCACGGCUUGGAUGUGGUUUGUGCGGGCAUCGCUUACAGACUUAGGGUCCGUGAGAGGUUCGGCCGCGCCAGCGUGCCAAAACUUAAAAUCAUAGACCUGCAUAAAGCUUAUAAGCAACUCGGCAUUUCCCUUGAGGCCAUACAGGAUGCUUUCUUGUGUGUGCCGAACCCGGAGACGGGCAAACCAUCCAUCUACGCCUGCCAUGUGCUGCCCUUCGGAUCAUCCGCUUCUGUCGCGGCAUUUUGCCGCAGCACGAUGGGAUUGUGGCACUUAGGGUGCGCUCUGUUGUUGAUCCACUGGACGGUCUUUUACGACGACUUUAUCGUCCUCAACGAGGCGUCGUCCACGAAACACCUUGACUUGGUUCUCAAUUGCUUUUGGGACCUGCUUGGAUGGACCGUGGCACGGGACAAAGAAUCCGAUUUUGAUUACUUUGCGAGAGCUCUUGGUGUCAAAAUUUGCUUUCAGUCCGAGAGAGUCUUCGUGGUGGAGAACACCCCCGAGCGAAAGGCCGAACUUGACGAGACCAUCACGCGCUUACUCAGUCUCGAGUGGGUGGAGCAGCAUGAACUCACAUCGCUGAGAGGGAGGUUGCAGUUCGUUGAGGGUCAGAUCCAUGGGCGACGAAGCGGCAGGUUCAUGCAGCUUUUGUCGCGGCGCGCAGAUUUCAUCGGGGGGUCCGCCAUGGAUUCCGACUUGCAGGCAGCCCUCACUUUCCUUAAGGAUAGGGUUGUAGGUGCUCCCCCUAGGGUAAUAUCCGCAAGACGUGAGAACGCUUGGUUCAUCUUCACUGAUGCGGCCUACAAUGAUGGCCAGGCGAACAGUUGUGGGUUAGGAGGGGUACUAGUUGCACCUGAUGGGAAGCCCAUUAGGUUCUUCAGCUGCUUGUUUAACGACGAUGCACUUGAGGGCCUCAGGUUUGGUGAUGUUCAGAGCCCCAUCUACUUUCUUGAAGGCUUGGCAGUAGUGGUCGCGUUGCACGUGUGGAACAGCCUUGUACAAGGCUCUGAGGCCGUUUGCUUCGUUGAUAAUGAAGCGGCCAAGUCUGCGUUCAUUGCUGGCAAAUCUCCUUGCGUGCACUUCUCAGCCCUGUCGGAAUGGUUGAGUGAUUGGGAGGAACGUGCCUCCUCGUUCCCAUGGUUCGAAAGGGUGAGCAGUGCUGCGAACAUUGCUGAUGGCCCCUCGCGUGAUGAUUGCAGUCACUUGGCGGGUGUCCGUCGCGAUGAGAUUGAUUUGCAGUCCAUCAUUCUCGCUUUGCAGUGCUUCUUGCCAGAGCUCUCAGUCGGCGGUGGGUGA